AUGAAUAUGUCAAUUCAUGAUAUUCCAUGUCAAUCAUCCUGUCUAUCAAUUUUAUCUAUAUGUGGACAAUUACGUAAUACACCUCAAUCAUUUUUUAUGAAUAUUCCAUCUACUUGUCCAAAUAAUAUCAUUCAAACAUCACAUAAAAGAUGGAUAUAUGACAAUAAUAACAAUCAUCCUCCUCCUCAUCAUCAUCAUCAUACAACUAUAUCUCCAAUACAAUCCACUAAAAAUGAUCAUACUUAUAAUCAUAUACCUAAAUUUAAACAACACUAUACUCAAUUACCUAAUUCUAUAUCUUAUAUCUCAACUAGAUCAUUAUUUUUAAAUGAUCAUAAUGAAUAUAACAAGAUAAGAUCAAAUGAUCAUCAUCAUCAUCAUCAUCAUCAUCAGUAUCAUCAUCAUCAUCAUCAUAGUCAUCGUUAUCCUCGUCAAAUCAAUAAAAAUAAUCAAUAUUAUAUAGAACAAUCUAAACAAUCGAUUGAUUAUUUAAAUAAUAAUUAUCAUUUUAAUAAAUUACAUAAUAAAUUACCAUUUACACCAAUACAACAUAAAUUAUUAUUAACAAAAGAGGAUUGUUUAUUAUUACCACCAGGAGGUUGUGAUAAUUGGAUAGAUUCUUCAAUGAAUUUACAACAUUUAAAAUCAUCGAAUUAUAAAGAAUAUUUAAAAUUAAAUCAUGGCUGUCCAAAGGAUAUCCCUGAAAUAUGUAAUGAAAUGUUUCCUACAUUAUAUACAAGAAGUAAAUGGAUUAAAUCUAAUUUUACUGUGUCUGCUAUAAUACGUAUAUCUGGUACAUUAUGGUGGUUUGGUAAAAAUGAUCAUUAUCAACCAUUAUUUCGUUUUCAUAUAUUAAAAACAUUUGAUUCAGAUAUACAUCCAUAUGAUGAAAAAAUGAUAUUAACCUAUUCAUGGCCAUUAAAAUGUAUUUGUAUUAAUGAAAUUAUAAUUGGUAAAAAAUAUUUAAUGUUAACUCAUUCAUUUCAAUCAAGACAAACAUUAUAUAUAACAAAGAAUACUGUAUUUUUAUCACGUAUAAAACGUUAUACAAGAAAAUUAGCAUGUUGGAAAGGUGCAUGCACUAUAAGAUCUAGUCGUAAUCGUAAACGAAGUCAUUUUAUACAAUCAAAUACUAAACUACUAAAUCAUAAUGAUAGAAAAUUAAAAUAAAAUUAAAAAGAAAAAAACAAACAAACAAACAAACAAACAAGAUAUUGAACAUUUUCAAAAACAAAACAAACAAAUAAAGAAAGAAAGAAUUAACCCCCACCUCCACCUCCACCUCCAUCUCCACCCCCAUUAACAUUUUUACUAAAAAAACACUUAUAGUAAACAAGGAAUUAUUCAAUCUAAUUCAUAUACUAUAUAUUUCCCAUUAUGUUCUCUGAUAACGAUAUGAAUUGUUUUUCUUUUUUUUGUUUUUGUUUUUUUUCAAUAUAAUUGUUUAUUCAUUGUUUCCAUGGACAUGAAUACUUUAUUGGCAACAAGAGUUGUCUAUAAUCAAAUAUAAUUUCACUGGUUUAUUGCAAGGGGUAAUGUUUGUUUAUUUUAUUUUAUUGAUUUAUUUAAAACACAUAAAUAUUGAUAUAAGGAGGCAACAAAUAGAUAUACAUAAGAUAAAUCAUUUAAUUUGUGUGAAGGCUAGGAUACUGUCUAAAUCAAAACAUGUGGUUUUUUUUAGAGGGCUAUAUCCGGAGCCUUCAACCUAAAGAUCUAAUCGAAAAUGUAGUGGAACAACGUCAGGAGAUGCAGUUCCAUAGUAGUCGGUGAUCAACAAUUGGUUUAUACGUCAACUGUUUAUUCAGGAUACUAGAGCCCAAAUACAUCAUUGGUUUGCAAUUAGGGUUUUCCAACUCCCCCCUAGAUGGAGUUUUCGUGUUCAUCAACCCGGUUAAAGCUCCUCCUAAUCUAGUAAACAACACCCUUGUCAUGAGAGGACAAUGAGUAUGAUUUCCUUGACAGUGGAUGCAUGUACGUGGCCAUAUGAGAGAAUUUGGAGAGGAAGUGCUGACUCUCCCCAAUUCCGACUAACCAGGGCAUUUGACAUACUUAUAAUGAUGAGAAUGACUUCUUCAUUUUUUUAUUGGUUGUUUGAAUCUUCUUAUUGACUAUACGUAUGUUCUAGAUCCCACUGGUAGCCGAAAUUCAUCACUGCUUAUAAUGACUGGUUAAUUAGGACGACUAUAAUAGAAUGGAUGUUUUAUAUCAGUCGUGGAGAUUGUUGAAUUUAGAUUGAUAUCACAAAUGAAUUAAUGUUAGACCAUUAUUGAAAACAUGGAAGUUCUGGACGGCUGUUCCUUUCUAGCACAGAACUCCUCAGUAGUGUGCAUCUACGAUCCGGUAUGUCAGACUCAAAACCAGUACCUUCGGUCUCGCGUGAGGACACUUAAAGUCUCAACCACUAAACUGUCGGAUAUCCAAUUGUGUUGAUUCCUAAAUUCAACUAGUCCACGAAGUUAGACAUUAACACUGUUGAAUACCGGCUCAGCUGUUUAAAGGUUAAGCGUUCGCGCGCACAACCGGAGGUACUAGUUCUGAUUUCCGUAUACGGAAUCGUGGAUGCGCACUGCUGAGGAGUCCCAUACUAAGACCAAACGAUCGUCCAGUACUUCCAGAUUUUCCAUGGUGAACUACCUUAAAUCGACUUAUGAUUCCAACUAUUAAAUUUGAAUGAACAAUAUCAUCUACAUACUACGGCUAAAUGAGGGUGAUAAACCAGUGUGAGGAAUCGCGAUUAAUAUUGACAGUUGAUAGUUAGAGUUAGCAAUUAGAUUUGAUGGCUGACAUCAGCUAUGAUACCAAAACUCUAUUUAGUCAAAUAAAUGAAUUCAUUUCAUGCCAAAAUUCAAGACUCAUUAACUUUAAUCUGACUGGUUCCUUCAUAAAUUAUAGCCUCGCCCUAUGAUCUUUAUGAAGAUACAGUGUUUUCGUUAGGUUGUCUUAUAAGUUGAAUUUAAAAUAAAAACCAGUGAAUACAAUCAAUGUUCAAUAUGAAAGCAUAAAUAAAAGUCACCAAUAGUUCUAAACAAGAAUGUACUCGCUUAAUUAGUCUCAACAAUUCUUUACAGACGUAAAUAUGUUAUGGUUGAAGGGUUGACACUAACCCCGAUACGGCCGAGAGUUGAGAGAGUCAGCUCUCCCUUUCUAAAGGCUCUUACAUGGCCACGUGCACACAACCACUGUCAACGAAAUCCUACUCACUGCGUUGUCGUGGCGGGGGUGUUGUUAAGAAAAUCGAGACGACGAAAAGAGAAUGUCCGGUGCUCUAACUUGGUUGGCGAACACGGAGAGUCCACCUAGAUGAGUUGGAAAACCGUGAUUCUAAACCAAUGGUGCACAUGGGCUCAAGGAUCCUAAGAAAACAGUUAUUGUAUGAACGAAUCGUUGUUCACCGGCUACUAUUGGACUGCAUCACCUGAAGUUGCUUUACUGUCUUGUGGAUUAGACCUGUAGGUCAAAGCCUGGGGGAGUGACCUUUUCCUUAUGCUAAAUCAAUUACACGUCAACCAGAACUAGUAGUCUUGAGUCGACUCCGUAUCCUUAUUAGUUCUCUCUAUAGAAGCCUCUCGCCCAGCCCAGUCCGUUCAGUCCAGAACAAAAAUAUCAGCCUUUGCUAUGUGAAUACUACAUACACAUCGUAUGUCCGGUGCUUUAACCGAGUUGGUGGUUGAGGACAAUCCAUCUAGGAGAGUUGGAAAACCCUGAUGCACAUAGGCUCCAUUAUCCUGAAGGAACAAAUGGUGUAUGAACCAGUCGAUGGUCACCUGCUACCAGGGGACUACAUCUCCCCACGUUGCUCUACUGUCUUGUGGACUAGACUUUUAUGUCGUAGGCUUCGGGUGUGGUCCCCUAAGAAAACCACCUACCUCGGUUUGAGCACCCGGACAGUAUCCAAGCCCUCACACAAAUUGAAUGAUUUGUGUGGUGCAUAUCUAUUUGGUGCCUCCUUGUACCGAUGUUUAUGUGUUUAAAUAAAUAAAUGACGCUAACCACCAAUUCAUGAAUAGAAACC